AUGGCUUACAAGAAGCCAAUUGGUAUGAGCCCAUUUCGGUUGGUCUAUGGCAAAGCUUGCCACCUACCGGUGGAGAUAGAGCACAUGGCAUACUGGGCCGUCAAAGAGUGCAAUUCAAGUUUGGGAGGGACUGGAAUUGAGAGAAAACUACAAUUAGUGGAAUUGGAAUGUUUGAGGUUAGAAGCCUAUGAGAACUCUAGACUCUACAAGGAGAGGAUGAAAGCCGUGCACGAUAAGAACAUAAGGGGAAGAGAAUUUAGGGCCAGCGAACUAGUCCUCCUCUACAAUUCAAGAUUGAGGUUGAUGCCCGGAAAGCUAAGGUCAAGAUGGGAAGGACCUUAUAGAGUAGAAAAGGCGGAGCCGUAUGGGGUUUAUCAUUUGCGCCAUCCAUCAAGCUCCAACAUCUUCAAGGUUAAUAGGCAUCGCCUAAAGUUGUAUCAUGGAGAAAAGAUAAAAAGCAACAAGGAGAUUGAGGUGUUCCUUUUGGAAGAUGCACCUAAUGGCAAAGAGAAUUGA